CGACAAAGAAGUUCAAGUACGUGUUCUGAUAAUUAGACCAUUUAAAAAGCGUGUUUUUGUCCUUAUGUGAGACAACUUAUUGGUUUACUGCGAUGGAGACACCGCAAAACACUUUAAACAUCACCUUUGAAGACGAUCCAGAAAUACAGGAUUUGCUCAAACAACUUAAGGACGCCAAAACUGAACAACAAGUUACUAAAGACGAGUUGGAUCAAGUGAACAAAGAUGUCAACUCAUGCAGAGAGGAGAUGGACCGGAGGAUGAUGAUGAUGGUCCAAGUGGAUGAAGGCCUGUGGAAUUCACUUCUUGAACUGGAUGCUGUUAUGGAGGAGAAGAAAAGCCUUGCCAAGCAGUUACAAGAAUUAACUUUGUCAAGGACCAUAGAGUCAAAUCAAGCUCUUCUGAGAAGUUUGCAGAAGGAGAAAAGCCACCUGCUGGAGCUGGAGCAUAAUCUAAAGAUCAGACGAGAUCAGCUGAGGAAAGAAUUAGCAGAUGUUUCUUCAAACCUAGAGGAAGUUUCACAGUGUGACAAUCCAGUUAAACCAAGCUCACCCAGCCAGAGUAAGUCGACUGUAAAGCCAGUGAGUAAAAGAGGAGAACGGAAGUGAACACAAUGUCUUCUGAAUACACAAUGUGGAAAUAAAGCUACAUUAAUUUUCUGUUGUGUAAAAUUAUGAUGCAAUAUAUUUAAAAAAAUAAAGUGACAUCUUUGUUUAUGUUUUGUGAAAUUAAGCUGCAAUAAA